UCACUUUCCUCUCUCGUAAACACGUGUUCGGCGCACCGUGUUUUUCUGUUGCAACGCUGGACAUUUCAGCAGGUAAAAUAAACUAAAUAUUAUCCAUAAAAUGGCUAAAAGUCUCCGCAGCAAAUGGAAGCGCAAGAUGCGGGCAGAGAAGAGGAAGAAAAAUGCUCCCAAGGAGCUGGCUCGCCUCAAACAGGCCCUGAGUCUGGACAAGAAAGGAGAAGCAGACAUGACCGACUUGCAGGAGAUCGCCACAGUGGUGCCAGCGGAAAAGAUUACCAAGCAGACAGAUGCUGAAACAGCAGAGGGUGAAGAGGGGAAGAUGGACAUGGAAGAAAAGCGCAACAAGACAACUCUGCUGAACGAACAUGGACAGUAUCCUGUUUGGAUGAGCCAACGGCAGGCCAAGAAAAUGAAAGGCAAACGAAUGGCAAAGAAAAGUGGGAAAGGCAAGAAGAAGAAGGGAGUUGCUUGGUAAAAGAGAGGAAAACUAAACACCCAUACUUUAUUUUGAAGACUGGAUGCAGAAUCACUGCAUCAAAGCAUCAACUCUCUGUUUUUGAACUUUCCUCUGAGGAUUGUGAGACUCCGUUACCACGGAGCU